AUGUCGAAACCAAUUACCUUUGUUACGGGCAACGCCAAGAAGCUGGAGGAACUAAUUUCCAUAUUGGGGCCAAAUUUCCCGCGCACAAUUGUCUCCAAGAAGAUCGAUCUGCCCGAACUGCAGGGUGAGAUCGAAGAGAUUGCCGUUAUAAAGUGCAAGGAGGCGGCCAAGCACGUGGAUGGCCCAGUGCUCAUCGAGGACACCAGCCUGUGCUUCAAUGCACUCGAAGGAUUGCCCGGUCCCUAUAUCAAAUGGUUUCUGGAGAAGCUUAAGCCAGAGGGAUUGUAUCGUUUGCUCAGCGGCUGGGAGGAUAAAUCGGCGCAAGCCAUUUGCACGUUUGCCUACUGUGAAAACAGCAGCGCUGAGCCACAAAUCUUCAAAGGCAUCACCGAAGGCGACAUCGUUGAACCACGUGGACCGCGCGACUUUGGCUGGGAUCCUGUGUUCCAGCCCAAGGGCUUUGAUCUGACCUAUGCACAACUGCCCAAGCCCCAGAAGAAUUCAAUCUCGCAUCGCUAUCGCGCCUUGGCGUUGCUGCAAAAGCACUUCGAGGACCAGCAGAGCUAACUUUGGAUUUGGAUUGGAUUGCGCUAAGCAUUACAUUUAAUUAGUGUCUUGCUAGUUUGUUCUAUAAUGUCGAGAAAACGUUGACGUUUAAAUGUAGUUUAGAGUAAAAGCAAACAGCCUCUUCGUUGCUUAA